UCAACGAUGACAAUAAUGGAUACAGCAGCUAACGUCCUUCAGAGUACAUUAAUGAGGGUGCCAGGCGUAGCUUACAUCUGUGAUGGGUGUGAAAUGGGAGAAUAAUGGAGUUUUGUCCUUGUGCAGACGUAGAGCUAUCCGAAUAACCGUGCACAUUCAAUGUGGACAUACGAUCUGAUAGAGCUGGCUACACGUAUACGUAGCGGCGACUGACUCACGUAUUUUUGUAUCGGCAAGAAGUAGCUAGCUAGCUAUUAUCAUGAUGCAACCUUUUAACGCAAAAUUGGACUAUCUUGCUUAUUCGCUGACUCCUAACCAGAGAAAGCAAUAAUUUUCCAGUUCAACUUCUUAGGCAGCUGUACUGAAAUAGAGCAGGUGUUUUACACGGAGAUCUGAUGUCAGAAUUGUUGUCUCUGUGAACCGCACAUUUUAGGCACUUCAUGGCAGGUUGUAAAAAAUACAUGACCUUCAUCACUUGCUGAAAGGAUACCCUAUUGGAACUGCGUAAGGGUUCAAGUAAAUUUCUGCAGAAUAAGGCUAUCGUGGCGGUUUCUUGGACAAGAUAAUCGUUGGAGUUAGCUCGCUAUUUGGUUCGGUGUCUUUUGGUUGGUAGGGCGCAGAGUCCGGAUACGGUGUAUUUUGAAAAAUGUAUGUUAGCAGCUAGUCUGUUGUGUUAUAUCAUAUUGUAACCGUGUAUUUACUAACGUUACAUUACUAGGGUAGAUAGAAAUUGUAAGAUCGGUCGAUGGGCUGCUCCUGAAUUAGUCCGGCAGACAGCUGUCACCGCUUCCGUUUUCCUCCUUCUCUAAAAGCAUAUUCCUGGGAAGCUCGGUGCGUCUUUGCCAGUGGCGACAGCACUCCUAUCGUUCAUUUAAAGCUAACAUUAUUGCCUAUUGUUUGAAAUAAGCGUGAGUGAUUCAUAAAGAAUCAUUGGCUAAUGUAUUUUUUUUGUAACGUUGUUGAAUAAGAACGCGGAGUCCAGUAAUGUCUUUCACUACCUAGGUAAACCGAGAUGUAGCCCACGUCAGCUGCCUAAGGGAAAAAAAAGAAAAAAAGACCUGAAGCACAGCUGCGCAGAAAAUGAGCACUUACGGGUUCUCCGCUGACAUGUUCAGUGGCCGGGCGGUACUCGAGGACGAUAGCUCGGUCAUGGCUCGAAUGCAGAAGAAGUUCUGGAAGACCAAGCAGGUUCUGAUCAAGGCGACGGGCAAGAAAGAGGACGAGUAUGUGGUGGCAUCGGACGCCGAUCUGGAUGCCAAGCUGGAGUUUUUCCGGUCGGUGCAGGCCACAUGCACCGAGCUGCUGAAAGUAGUGGAGAAGUAUCAGGAGCGAAUCACACAUCUGUCCCAGGAGGAGAACGAGCUGGGGCUGUUUCUGCGCUUCCAGGCUGAACACGACAAGACCAAGGCGGGGAACAUGAUGGACGCCACCAGCAGGGCCCUGUGCUCCUCCGCCAAGCAGCGGCUGGCUCUCUGCGCCCCGCUGCAGCGGCUGGAGCAGGAGGUGGAGACGUUUCGGCGGCGGGCCAUCACAGACACGCUGCUGACGGUGGGGCGCAUGGAGAAGUCGCGCACGGAGUACCGAGGCGCCCUGCUCUGGAUGAAGGACGUGUCCCAGGAGCUGGACCCCGACACGUACAAGCAGCUGGAGAAGUUCCGCAAGGUCCAGGGCCAGGUGCGCAACACUAAGGGCCAGUUUGAGAAGCUGAAGAACGACGUCUGUCAGAAGGUGGACAUGCUGGGGGCCAGCCGCUGCAACAUGCUGUCCCACUCGCUCACAACCUACCAGACCAAUCUGCUGCACUUCUGGGAGAAGACGGCCCACAUGAUGUCUGGGAUCCACGAGGCCUUCAAGGGUUAUGUGCCAUAUCAGUUCACCACACUCAAGGAGCUGCGGGACCCCCUGGACCAGCUGGGGGAGGCAGACACUCGGGAGAAGAGCCAGGAGAGAGCCGCUGAACCCAGCCCUGACAAGUUGAUUUCCCUGGAUGAGGACAAACCUGGCAACCCGGCCACAGACACUGCGUCGGCGCAGGGAUUGGACAGGCAGAGCGGGGGCAGGGACAGCGACGGCUCCCUGUGUGCCAGCCUGGACUCUGGGGCCACAGACCUGCUGGAGCCUGCCCAGCAGAAGCAGAGCGAGGAGGAUGAGGAUGGAGAGAUGAAGGGGGAGCUGCUGUUCCUGCAGGAGUUCCUGAGCGGGGGCCCGUCGGGGGGCAGUCAGGACUUCAGCCGGGAGUGGCAGGACGCUUUCGGCAGCUUCGAGCCCCCGGCACCGCCGCCCCCCGCGGCCCCCGCCAGCGCACCCCUCCUCUCCCCCUCCCACACCCCCGCCUCAGCCGCCUUCCUGCCCUCUCAGCUCCUGGACCAGAGCCUCAGCUCCACAGGCUGGGUGACUCCGCCCAUGUUCCAGGCUCCGCCCCUGCAGCCCCCACAGGCUCCUGGCCAGGCCCCGCCCACUCCAAGUGCUCCAAAGACGACAGCCAAUGCCCCCGCCCGAGCGACGCGGGACAUGUCCGCCUGGUUCAACCUCUUCGCCGACCUGGACCCGCUCUCCAACCCGGACGCCAUCGGCCGCUCUGACGAAGAGCUGCUCAACGCCUGAGGGGGGCGCUGUGGGGCAGCAGAGCAGCGUGUGUGUCUGUGUGUGUGUGUGAGACUGCAUGUCUGUGUGUAUGAGUGUUUGUCUGCUUGUGUGAGUGUGUCUGUGUGUGAGUGUCUGCAAUGUGAGUGUGUGUGUGUCUGUGUGUUCUCUCUCUGUAUCCAAGUUCUGGUUGGCCAGACUUGGCGGGCAGAUUACAAUAUUCUCUUAGGCCACGGAAAUGUAUUAAGAUUCCGGAACACUAUAAUAAUUCUAUAAUAAUUCUGUAAUAUCAUUAUUGGCAGUAUACUUGGGUGUAUAUUAUAGAUAGCUGCUUUUUUUUUUUUCUGGUGUUUUGUGCGCACUAGAUCUUCGGCUCUGGCAUAACUUCCAUUUGGGGGGUAAACGGGGCACUGAAUAUUUUAACUUUUUUCACUUUUGCAACUGAUGCAAUUAAUGAAUAGCAAAACAAUCGACCAGGCAUUGGGUAAAUGAUUGAGUGAUUUAAUGUGUGUGUGGAUAUUAAAAUCUUAUUCCCAAAGAGUACAUUUUACCGUGGACUGAAUAUCGCGUCGCGGAGUGAACAAGGUCACAUUCGUUCCGUGACUGCUCAGCACGGAGGCUGAGAAUUCCCAGUUCGGGGAAUCACGGAGCAUUCGGGAAUGCUCUUUAUGGGGACUUCCCCAUGUGUUGGGUUUUGAGUGUUGAACUGAAACUAUAACUAUACUGUGGGCGACUGGAGAGGGUGAAAUAUGCAAAGUAAUGUUUGGGGUUUGAUUUGGGUUUCCAUUAAUAAUAUUAAAGCGAUUCCCACUGCUGUGAAUUUCAUUACUGUAUGUUUUGGGUGACAUAGGGGGAGGAACAGGGUAUGCCUUCUGCAAAUAUUUGCUUAUGAAAUUUAAACUGACACAUUUUUUAUUUUACACUACAGCAGACAAUAUGUAACCAAUGUAAGACAAAUACGUCUCUGUAUGUAUUAUUUAAAGUAUUGUUUGGUAUAGCCUGAUAUUUGUGUAUACGGACACUCCAAGAAGCAAGAUGGUGUUUGUAGCCCUGUUCAGCUGGGCACGGUGGUGUUUGUAGCCCUGUUCAGCUGGGCACGGUGGUGUUUGUAGCCCUGUUCAGCUGGGCACGGUGGUGUUUGAAAGACUGGUCACUUGGGGAUGGUGGCGUUUGUCAGGCUGGUCAGCUGGGGGCGGUGUUUGUUUGGGACACUGGAUCCUACGUUUUAUUUGAAUUGUUGCGGGACCAAGUUGUUUGCUUGAAGCUGCAGGAGCUUGUGAUGGUGCACAGGAGGCGGACUCUGACUGACUCUCACCAAGGUCUCCACACAGGCUUUUUAUUAUUCUUAUUUGAGCUGCUCAGAAAAUGAGGUUGUGUUGCCUGCUGGAGUGCUGAUACCUGCCUGUCCCUGUCAUGGUCGACGCACAAUUUCCUCUUCUCCAUGAGUAAACACGACCUGGGCAUGCUCGAGACAUUACCCACCUCCCCACAUCAACACUUUGCUGUGACACUGAAACUCAAGUAUGCUUUAAUUUUAAUAUUAAUAUUAACGUUGAUGUGGUUGUGAGAGUAAGAAGAUGUAAAUAUUUGAACACGGCAGUUUUCUUUUAGGCAGGUCAAAAGGAGUCUUACACAUUAUAAAAUGACAGAUAUGACAUAGAACGGAAUGUAUUUCAGUCACAACAUGCUUUAAAUGUUUUCCAUCUAUGCCUUUUAUUUCAAUACUGAAUGUCACGGUUGUUUCUCAGAUUCUCAACUCUGUUGAACAGGAAGCUGAAAUUGCUUUGGUAAAAGUUGUUAACUACUGAAAUAAUAAACUGACAACAUUUUAAUGGA